CCGGCCGGUCGUUGGCUGUAACGCAGAGGAAGGAGUGGAGAGGAGAUCACAUAGCAGACGUCUGUAGACAUUCGAGGUUUCAAGGUCUUCAAACGCAACGUAUAUCCCCUGGUCCCGGGGGCGGAAUGGCGGAGUACAGUCAGGCGGGCAUCCUGACAGCACUGCUUCUCUUCACGGUGGUCACUGUGCGGGACAUUUACCUGGGCAAAAACAUGAGCGAGGAGGUGCAGCAGCAGGCCGCGGAAAGCCCCGAUCUCGAGUCCCUGAGCUCGCCGACCGCGGACGCGCAGAGGACGGGCAAGGCCCGGAUGUACAUGGGCCCGGUGCUGCGCUUUCAGUUCUGUAUUUCCUGAGGGUACAGCAAGGUGUACCAGGAGUACUCCAGGUCUAUCAGCCAGCUGUACCCGGACAUCCGAAUUGAGGGUGAGAACUAUCCCCCAAAAGCCAUUAACAAAUACAUUGCAAAUUUUAUUUCGUACUUCAAACUCCUCGCCAUUGCCCUGAUUGUCAGUGGCCAGAACCCCUUCCCCCUCCUUGGAAUGGACACGCCAACAAUCUGGUCAUGGGGACAAGAAAAUAAGAUAUUUUCAUGCUUGAUGGUGUUUUUCCUCAGCAAUAUGCUAGAGACCCACUUCCUGUCUACAGGUGCUUUUGAAAUUACGCUCAAUGAUGUACCAAUUUGGUCAAAGCUGCAGUCUGGACGUGUACCUAACAUCCACGAGCUUUUUCAAAUCCUUGAUAAUCAUCUGAAGAUGAAUCAAGUCGACAAGAUCUCCUUCCCGGCUCCGUAGAACUGGUUUCCAAGCAGCCAGAUUAGCUCCUCGGGUGUCCGGAGCUGUUUCCCAGUCGUGCGGAACUGUCCUGUGGCAUAAUGAAGGCCUGCGCUGCAAACAGCUUGCUGUAGGUGCUGGCUGGAUGUCUCUGCCACUCUGCGCACUGCUGCCGCCUUGGAAACCCUCCCACACUGGAGGAAAACUCCACACUGCCAGCACGGUCAACUUGGAAGUCUGCUGCUGCGAGCGUCAUUGAUUAACCUAAUGUGUUCCACCCUGUGGUAUUGAUCCACUCUGUGUAUAGUCACUGAUAGGGUGCUGUCCUAAGUUGCCCUGCUGUUGAAUGUCUUAUUCUUUCCUGUAUCUGUUCUUCAGAUAUGGGAGAAAGACUUGUCUUAUUGGAGGCAACCAAGUUGGUUCUCUUGAGCUGAAAGCUUAAAAUGCUUGAAUUUUUUUUUUUUUUUUCUUUCCCCCCCCUCCUUUCUCCUCCUCUGUUUUAGUUUCAUGACUGCAGUUUGGUCUUAAGUGUAUGGGUCUAUUCUGUAAAAUGUAUUUGGUUGGAGGUUAAAAGUACAAAAAGAAAUGUUGUGCAGGGGGAAAGGAAUACACUCCAUCUAUGGAGCUGGCCGUGGUGGUGAUUUUCUUAAAAGUCUUGAACGCUGGAGAGUCAUUUUGAGUUUAUCAAUACCAGACCAUGAGAUAAAUACAGCAUAUAGGUGGGGUCUUGGGUAUCUGUCAAAAUGAAAAAUGUACAGUUGGUUUUUGGCCACAAAUCCUUUCAGUUUGAAAUAACCUCGAAGUCAUCGCUACAGCGGUUCCAUAGCUCAUGUACAUACCUCACCACAUAGCACCUGUAAAAGAAAAAAUAUGUAUUGUGGAUGCUGUUUUGUUUUGGUAGAGAUGCUAGAGAGGAAAUGACUCAUUGUACUUGUCGCUUUAAAGGAACAAUACGGUCUGAGUUUUCACUACAUGUGAGUUACAUGCAGAAUUGAAAUGUGAUGUGCGACUGUCCUCAUGCCGCCGCAGAGCACAUUUAAUCCCCAGGAGAAGACACUGUCAGAUCCACCUCAUGGGUUUGUACUUUGUUUCCUUAUGCAUAGAGAAAGUGAGUAAUUGAAUUUUAAGAUUAAUGGGAGUCUUACCUGUCGAUUUAUAAAGCCUGUAGAAGAAAUAAAUACAACAAAGAUGCUUA